AUGGGGAACAGCACUACUGUCACUGAGAUCAUUCUUCUGGGACUCACAGAUGCUUGUGAAUUACAGAUGCUCAUCUUCGUGGGGCUCCUCCUGACCUACCUUAUCACACUGCUAGGGAAUCUCCUCAUCAUUCUUGUCACUCUGAUGGAUCAUCGCCUUCACACUCCCAUGUACUAUUUCCUCAGAAACUUUGCUGUUCUGGAGAUCUGGUUCACUUCUGUCAUCUUUCCCAAGAUGCUGAACAACAUCCUAACAGGCAAAAAGACCAUCUCCUUGGGAGGAUGUUUCCUGCAAUUCUUUUUCUACUUCUUUCUAGGAAGCACAGAAUUCCUCCUCCUGGCUGUCAUGUCCUUUGACCGGUAUGUGGCAAUCUGUAACCCAUUGCGUUAUGCCACCAUCAUGAGCAAAAGGAUCUGUGUCCAGCUAGUGCUGUCUUCAUGGUUGGGAGGUUUCCUUCUCAUCAUUAUACCUAGUAGCAUCACAUUUCAGCAGCCUUUCUGUGGCCCCAAUGUCAUCAAUCAUUUUUUCUGUGACAAUUUCCCAUUGCUAGAACUAGUCUGUGCAGACACAAGCCUGGUGGAACUGAUGGGCUUUGUUGUAGCCAAUAUCAGUCUGCUGGGGACCUUAUCUGUAACUGCCCCCUGUUAUGGUCAUAUCCUCUACACAGUCCUGCGCAUCCCCUCAGCCAAAGAGAGACAGAAAGCCUUUUCCACUUGCUCCUCCCACAUCAUUGUGGUA